AUGUCGACGACUUCGGACAAAAACAGCGCAAAGGACCGAGUCGACGUCAAUGAGACGGUGCGCGACGGUGCUUCAGGCGAGCUGGAUACUGCCUGGAAGUACCUCGACGCCAAUCGGGAUGCUGAUACCAGCGAGCCAAUUGAUCUCGCGGCCCUGCGCCGCAAGAUCGACUGGCAUAUCGUGCCUUUGAUGUUCCUGUGUUACACGCUGCAGUUUCUCGACAAGGUCAUCCUCAACUAUGCCAAUGUGAUGGGCCUGCAGAAGGACCUGAAUAUGGGGGGCAACGACUUCUCGAAUGUCGCAACCUUCCUCUUCGUCGGUCUCUUGGUCUUUGAGGUUCCCAACAUCUACUUCCUUCAAGCCGUCCCUGCCGCCAAAUGGCUCGGUCUGAAUGUCAUCCUCUGGGGCACGGCCACUGCUUGCGGUGCUGCUGCCACCAGCUACCAGACGCUUCUUGUCUCGCGUGUUUUCUUGGGCAUCUUCGAGGCCACCAUUGCUCCGUCGCUGAUGCUGAUUAGCAGCCAGUGGUAUACCAAGUCGGAGCAGGCUCCGCGCUUCUCGUUCUGGUACACUGGCUUGGGAAUUGGGCAGAUCGUCGGCGGCCUAGUGUCGUAUGGCUUCCAGCACAUUGGCGAAGGAUCCCGUCUUGCCGGCUGGCGGAUCAUGUUUGUCGUCCUCGGAGUGGUCACCGUGGUCGUCGGGUCCUGCGUCGUCCUCUUCCUUCCUGACACCCCGAUGAAGGCGAAAUGGCUAUCCAGCAACGAGAAGGUGGCGCUGCUAAAGCACGUCAGUGUUAACCAGACCGGUAUCGAGAACCGCAAGUUCCGCGGGAAGGAGAUUGUCGAGGCCCUGCUGGACCCCCAGAUCUAUCUGUUGCUUCUCUCCGUUAUUUUGCUGUCCGUUUCUAGCGGUGUCGUCACAUCCUACUCCGCCACCCUCAUCCGUGGCCUUCAGUAUGAUUCUAAGCAAUCUGCUCUGAUGAACACGCCGUCGGGCGCCGUCAGCAUUUUCUUCACGCUGUUUGUUGGAUUCGGUAUCCGCCUGCAGUCCCACCGCUGGGCUUUCAUUAUUGCUUGCAUCAUCCCUGCAAUCAUCGGCGGCGCGUUGAUGUCCUUCCUCCCGAUCACCAACAGGGCCGGCUGUCUGGCUGGCAUCUACCUUGUCAACGCCGUCGUUGCACCGCUCGCCAUCUUCUACAAUUGGACUGUGGCCAAUAUCGGAGGUGGCACCAAGCGUGCCUUCGCUGCCGCGCUCAUCAGCGGUUCGUUCUCACUCGGUAACAUCAUUGGCCCCCAGACCUUCCAAGCCAAAGAUGCACCGGAGUACCGCCCUGCAAAGAUUGCUGUCAUGGGCACCCAGGCGGGUUGCGCCUUGACCACCUUCCUCCUUUUCCUGUACUACGUCUGGCAGAACAAGAAGCGCACGUCUGAAGGCGAACAGGAGGAGGCCUACAUGUCACCCGAGGCGUGGGCCAACAUGACGGACAAGGAAAACAAGAAGUUCCGGUACGCGUAUUAA